GAAAUUUUAUAUUAAAAUAUGUUUUCAAAAUAUAGGAAUUUGGACUAGGACUUUGGUACUUAAACUGAUUUCUAAUGACCCUCCAGAUUCCUGAGGCUGAGGGUACAUCAUUCUUCAAGUUAUGAAUGAGUAAAUAUUCAUACUCUGAUUGCAUUCAUCGCCUCAAAAGAAGUUUUAUCAUAGAACUUAAAGUUAAUAAUUAGUACAAAAGUUUUUAACAUUAUCACAUUACGGUAAUAUAUUCAAGUUUCUAUUAUAGAAACUUAAAGCUAAUACUCCCUCCGUUUUUUUUUUAGAUGUAACAUUGGACUUUUCACAUUUGCCGAGGCACAACUUUGACCGAUAAUAUCUCCAAUUGUAUAAAAGUAAAAAUUAUAAAAAAUAUAUAUUUGGAAAGCGUAUACCAUAAUGAAUCAAACAAGAUCCCACAUGACUAUAUUUUUUCUUAUGUAUAAAUAACAAUUAGUGGUCAAAGUGUAUUGGAUGAAUAGUGUCCAAAGUCAAUAUGUUACAUCUAAAAAAAACAGAGGGAGUAUUUAGUAUUAAAGUUUUUAACGUUAUCACAUGACGGUAAUACAUUCAAGUUUCUCUAAAAGUUUUAUAUUAAAAUAUGUUUUCAAAAAGAGAAAUUUUGGGUGUUACAGUAAAUAAAAUUAUGUUAAUGUUGGAGUGCUGAUGUCAGUAGUGGUAUACUAAGAGAAUCUUCAUAGCUUAACAAAAUCUGAUAAUUGUAUCUCAUUUGUUCUCGCUAACCUCUACUUAAUUUCUUUUUGCCAAUAUGAUUCCAGAAAAUAAAUUUCUUAACUAAUUUAAUAAUGUGCAGCAAAAUGUUGGGAGGUGAGUUUAUUUUUAUAUCCAGAGUGAGCUAGUUUACAGUUUGUAGUAAACUAACACAGUAAACACUUCAAGUUUGUGACAGUUAUUCUCGUGAUAGUUAGUAAAAACUACUUCAAGUACUGGCAUAUAUGCGGAAUCUGCAUGCAGAUUUAACUAGAGUUCAUUUGAAAUCAAAAUGAGUUUAAUUACUAGAAAAUAACUUGUCAUGCGAAUGUCAUUAAUUGGGUCCUCCAUUUACAUGCAAUUCUUGCCUAGAAAGUUGUUAAUUGUUUCUUCAUUGAUUUCUAUAAGAGUUAAAAACGGUGUGAGCAUUGCAUCACAUCAUUACAUCAACUCCAUUUCAUUCUCUCUUUCUCUCUCCUUGCUGCUUCUGCUUCUGCACUCUGAUCUCAACAUGGGAAGACCUCCUUGCUGUGACAAAGCAAAUGUCAAAAAGGGCCUUUGGACUCCUGAAGAAGAUGCUAAGAUACUUGCUUAUGUUUCUAACCAUGGCGUCGGCAAUUGGACUCAGGUUCCUAAGAAAGCAGGGCUCAAUAGAUGUGGGAAGAGUUGCAGGCUUAGGUGGACUAACUAUCUGAGGCCUGACCUAAAACAUGAAGAAUUCACAGAACAAGAAGAGCAGCUCAUUAUUCAGUACCAUGCAGCAAUAGGCAGCAGGUGGUCCCUGAUAGCGAAACACCUACCUGGAAGAACGGAUAACGAUGUGAAGAACUACUGGAACACCAAGCUUAAAAAGAAGCUUACUAAAAUGGGAAUUGACCCUGUCACUCAUAAACCCAUCUCAAAAUGCCUCUCUGAUUAUGAAAGCAUCAGCUGUCUCACAACCAACCACCAAAUAAGAUCUCUUGACCAAACCUUAGCCACUUCUUUCUCCUCUCACUGUCAAAUAUCAACUCAGUCUACUGCUAACAUGGGUAGACUGCCGUUGAUGGAUCAGUUCCAAGAUGUUACUUCUUUCAACUACUAUAUAUUAGAAGAUAUAUCUCCUUCAUCCUCAUCGUCCUCUUCAUCAUCUAUAUCAAAUGGGAAAUCAAGCUCACACUUGUCGGUGCCAGGAGCCUACAGUUGGGCCGAGAAAAGAAGCUCUACUGACCCUCUUUUGAAUACUGACAUCACAGAGGAGGAACAUAACUUUCUAGCAGCAGAUUCACCUCCUCAAAUCCUGGAGAAAACAUCACAAUUCGAGCUCACUGGGGUAAAACACUCGAGCAGUAAGAUGUCAGAUGACAAGUUGGGCAUGUCAGACUGUGACAGUGCAGCUAAGAAUGCUGAAACAAGCAGCUACGUCAAUGAGCCUUCAUCAGUAAACUCUUUUGUUAAGGCUCUUUUGGAUCGUGAUAGCGAGAUACAGUUAGAUUUUCCAGCUUUUAAUGAAAUCUUAGAUUACUAAACCUUAACAUGUUCAAACAGCUUGGAAAAGGA